UUCAGAGUUGCAUUAUACAUCCAAACGACAACCACCAUCACACUUUCACCGCUGGCAGCCUUAGGGGGCCGCUUAGCUUCCUUGCCUACCUAACUUAGUGCCUUAUCCGUCACCACAUACCCAAAACUCUAGGCUGAGACUUGCACUAUAACCGCGAUCGCUAGCCUCGACUUUUCCCGAUUCACGUUUGAACUACCGGCAUAUGCGCCGCUAAGGGGAAACAAUCGCAGGUUCCAAUGAAGUCGCUCAAGAUGAGCAAGGUGCUUGGCACCAUAAGAAAGAAGAAGUCUGCCGAUGUUCCGAACACUCCUGAAGUCCCCCAAGGCCAAAGCCCCGAGGUUACGGCCCACCGUUGUGUGAAAUCCUUCUGCGAAUCUGACUCCAAUAACUCUGGAGACGAAGUCCUUUUCCUGCCUCCCAUCGUAGAUGCUGCCGAGUCAUCUCCAUCCGCAGCGGCAGAAUGCGCGCGCCUAAUUCGAAAAUACCUGAAAAGGGACUAUUGGACGAAACCAUCCUACCAGUACAAUGCCAUCAUGCUCAUUCGCAUCCUUGCCGAUAACCCUGGUGAAACAUUUACUAGAAACUUGGACUCAAAAUUUACCGACACUUCGAAAGAGCUGCUGAGAUCCGUACGUGAUCCGAGUGUGCGACAGAUGAUGAUGGAGACAUUAGACGUUUUUGAAAACACUAAGGCGUACGAUGAAGGCUUGACCCUUCUCAUUAAUAUGUGGAAGAAGGAGAAAGAUAGAGCGCAGCAAUUAUAUGGAGGACGGCCUGCUCCGGUGACCCGUGCGACGACUGCACCUCCAGCCAACCCCCAUUCCCAGAACUAUUUCGCGCGAGCCCAUUCGAACCGCAAUCUCCCGAGCCCUGUUGAGCUAGCUAGUAGGCUAGAGGAAGCGCGGACAUCUGCGAAUCUGCUACAACAAGUGGUUACCAACACCCCGCCAGUCGAAGUGCUCAGUAACGACCUGAUCAAGGAGUUUGCCGAUCGCUGCACUAGCGCAAGUAGAAGCAUACAGAUGUACAUGACUGCUGAGAACCCAGCCCCUGAUAAUGACACUAUGGAGAGCCUGAUCGACACAAACGAGCAGCUCCAGGCAUCGCUGAGCUUACAUCAAAGAGCUAUGUUAAACGCUAGGAAGCUCGUCGCUGUCAUGGAGCCACAGCCCCAAUCUCAGACUGAGCCUCCGUCUCGGAAUUCCGUGAGCCCCAUAGAGUCGGAACGGAAUGGGGGUAGCUUAGAGCCCCCUACUAUACCAGCUCGAAAACCAAAUGGCAAAGGUAAGGAAAGAGAAUACGAACCUGCUAUAGCAGGGCCGUCAAGAACACACACGCCCGCUACCGAAGACGAAGAUCCGUUCAGGGAUCCCGAGCCCUCAGGGUCGAGAUCCCGUGCGGCCGGCGGCUCGGGAUCUGGCGGUGGGGCAUCAUCAAACUAUAUCGAGGAGCCCCGGUUAGCGUUCGAGCCCUUCCACCCUGGUUUCGAGACGACGCCGAGUUACUUGGGUAGGCAAGAGAGCGCCCUCGGUAAGGAGACGAUGCACGGAGCUGCGGGAGACUCCUCAUCUGACGAUCGACGCUCGCGUGACGACGUUAGUGAUUACGAGGCUCCACCCCCGAAACAAAAGGAGCCGAUCUACCGGUAUUGAUCGGUGUGUUGAUGAUAGCCGUGCUUGCAUAUGCUCCGCUUGUCUGGAUUAAAGGCUUCUAUCUACCUGUUAGAAUUAAAUUUGCGCAGGGGUGGAAAAGGCUGGCUAUAAGCAGCCACGAAGAUCACGCAUGGUGCUGUUCUACUCCGUCGUUGUUGUAUUGAUGCCGGGCUUUUUUUUUUUGAUGCCGUCCUUGUUUAUUAUUUUUGUCGUUGCUGCUGCUUUUUUCGUCUUAAACGAGAUUCCCCAAAUGUUAAGACUUCAGUUCGAUCGUUUGUAUACGCUUUGAUGUUGCCUGGUGCUUGUGUUUAUGUUGAGUGGGUGGUGUGCUGGCGGUGAAGUUUUAUGGUUAUAUGAGGAAGGAGGAUAGACGUUUAGCUCCUAAGACUGCUAUGUGUGAAUGAGGAUAGGCAUCCUUGAUCGUUGUGGCUAAAAGUAUCUCUUCCGCUCCUGGUGUAGGGAAAGGGGGUUAGGGAGGAAGAGAAAAGAAAGCGUAAAUCUUUGAGGUGUGGUAAAGGAAUCUGUCAUAGCGGCUGAUGCGUUGUACUUCGAAACAGUGGCGGCUUCGCUAGCUAGGUGUAGAGUUAAUACAAUAUU